CUAUUCUUGUCUUUCUUGAUUUCUUCACAAACAACACAACCACAUCACAUCACAAUUUCUUCUUUAUUCAAUCAAUUCAUCUCAAAUAAUGAAGGAUUUUGUGACAAACAAAAGGUUGAUCUUUUCAUUCCUCGUAGCACUGGCUGUGGCCAACGUUUCUGGGCCUCAGUAUGUCUUUCCUACGUAUGGCACAUCAUUGAAGAAUCGAUUUCAUUGGAAUGGCAUCGAAAAUAGUAUGGUUAGUACAGCAGCAUUUGUCGGUGUGUCAUUUUCUGGCCCUCUAUGUGCUUGGUUAAUAGAAAAUUAUGGAUUCAAAAGGACUUUGUUGUUGUCUUCUUUGACCGCUUUUGCUGGAUUAUUUUUAUUAGCAGAAACAUAUGCAGGCUAUUUAUCGAGCAGUCCUAUCCUUUGUUCUCUGUAUCUCAUAUGUAUAGGUUUCGCUGGCGCAGCAUCUUAUCUUUGUGCUUUGGAUUCUCAGGCACAUAAUUUUAAAUCGCAUCGAGGAAUGAGUAUGGGGUUUACUAGUGCCUCCUUGGGUCUCAGCGGUUUAGUAUUCUCACAAAUCAAUGAUCGAUUUUUCCAGUCACAAGCCGAACGAAACGAAGAGGACAAUAGCACCUUUCAUUUCUUGAUCUUUGUUGGAACUUGUGCCUUGUUCAUCACGUUGAUCGGUGCCUUCGUGCUGGGCCCCGUAGCACAUCAGCAACCUCACCCUGCCCCCAUACAAGACAUAAUAGAGCCUACCCGUGCGUGCAUACAGUCACAACCACCACCAUCGACGCAACCCGAUCUCGCCCCACCUCAGCAUUAUCCAUCCGCUCAUUAUUAUACACAAAGUAUCUGCAGUUUCAGCACCUCCUCCACACGCUAUGAAGAUGACCCAGUCAUGGACGGUGAAGGAGAGGAUAAACCAUUACUGUCCAAUACCAUUGUAAAAUCUGCUGACAAUAUUUGCAUGAUCAGAAACAUGACUGCACCCUUUCCUCCACCACCCUUAGGUGCAGCAGCAGCAACAACAACAACAACAAAUGAUGCGACUGUCACAAUGGAAGAAGCAGAGGAGCCUGCUAUUUCGGGGAUAGCAUUUUUCAGUAACCCCAUUGGAUUGUCACUUGCCGUUGCCAUGUUGGUUAUCCUUGGUAUGGGCUAUGUUUAUCUGACCAACUUGGGACAGCUUGUCCUGUCCUUAUCAUCUGCCGAUUUAUCACUCGGUCAGGCACAGCAUUUACGUAACCUCCAUGUUUCGAUUUUCAGUUUGGCAAACUGUGCCUCAAGAGCUAUUUUCGGCACAUUAAGUGAUAUUUUUCAGAGAAAAGCAGGUAUCCAUCGCCUUUGGUUCUUUUGGGUUGCGUCAGUAGGUCUGAUGAUAUCGAUGGUGCUCCUUACCACUUGCGUCUCGACCCCCAAUGACUUGAUUCUACCGACUAUUUCAAUAGCUGUCAUGUAUGGUAUAGCAUUUGGUGUAGCUCCUGCCACAGUCAGUGAAUUUGGUACAAAGACAUUUGCUCGUAAUUGGGGUUGGUUAUUAUUUGCUCCUUCGAUUGGAAGUCAAUUGUAUAAUGUUCUCUCCGGCGUAUUUUACGAAUAUGAGUCUGAGCGUCAAAAUACACCCGGUGUCUGUUAUGGCAUCGUCUGCUAUGAGAAAUUGUUCUGGACAGGCAUUUUAUCGUCUGUCCUCUGUAUAGUCGUCGUCACGCUGGCAAUCUAUAAAAAGAGAUUGUUCAAGUCAGUCUUCUCCUCGCAAUAACGCUGAAAGUGAAUCAAAGAUAUACCUCGCUACUCAUCUUUUAGCGUGAUAUCCUACAAAACGAGAGUCAUUUCAUUCAUCAUCUAUACCAAUCGAACGUACAUAUACACUUAGAGACAUAAUAUCAGCUCAUCAAAGAAAAAGAAAAAGGCAGAGCGUUUUUUCUUUUUCUUUUUAUUCUUCAAGUAUAGCUUAGCCCUUUAUUUCUAGAGUUAUAAUAUAUCACAUUAUUCAUUCGUUCAUUUCGACCAGAACUUCUAUUCUAUGCGUCUAUGUUUGAUUGUGUUAUUGUAUUGGGGGGCAAGAAUAAAUACGGAAUCAAAAUAAGGCAAAUCUAAAAAUGACCUCCGUAAAUAACGAACAAGUCUAUUAUGCUUUAGCCGACC